CAUAUCAGAAUAGAACAAACACGGUCCGCGGUGCGCAUUUAGUUAUCAACAGACAUCUGCCAGAUUGCAACGAUUUUCCAGCCAUGUUUCGAAACGUAAUAUUUGCUGUGACCAUAAUCAUUUUGGCCAGAACUGACGUGUUGGAUGGCGCGAUACCACCAGACGUCUGUGCGUUUUUCGAAAAGGUUAAUUGCUCUACGUUCAGACCUAGACUAAUAUGUGCUUCUGACGGAACCACCUUCCCCAAUGAUUGUGAAUUCGGCAAAAGGCGUUGUGUGGACGAGUCUGUGCAUGUGUUAAUUGACGGCCAGGUGUGUCCUACUACCCCCCCUGAGCCCAGCACCAUCUCGCUACCCUCCUGGUGCCGUGUGCUACUGGCACAGAGCUGCGACAGUUACCCACCUAGAAUAAUCUGUGGCUCCGAUGGUAUAACCUACUCGACAGCGUGUCAUUUUUCAAAAGCUCACUGCCAUAAUCCAUCACUAAACGUGACCUACGACGGUAAGGGAUGUUUCUUUACGCUCACAUCGACGUCACAUCCGGUGAUUACGACUUCCGGCAAUUUAUUAUCCACCGUUGCAGUGAUUGAUCUUAGUUGUAACAUCACGAAUCAGCUGAUAUGCGAUGACUAUGCACCGAAGUUUAUAUGUGCGUCAAACGGCCAAACAUACAGAACAGAAUGUGAUUUUGCUAAAGAACAUUGUAAAAAUACAUCACUUAAGAUAAUACCUGACGGACAUGGAUGUUCGGUGACGACGUUUAGUACUGCAGCUACGGUAAUCACACAAAAGACACAAGCAGCUUCGAAGACGGCCCAGGCAUCACCAACGGCAAUACCAGACACUUCUGUGAAACUUGUAACUCACACGACAAAAGCAGCACUUACAGCAACGACUGCAAAAACAAAUACAAAUUCUGGGAAAACUGUUACUCACAAAACACAAACAUCACAUACAGCAAAAACAGACACUACUUCUGAGAAAACCGUUACUCACAAAACACAAACAUCACAUACAGCAACUACAGCAAAAAUAGACACUACUUCUGGGGAAAUCUUCACGCACAAGACACAAGCAUCACAUACAGUAACUACAGCAAAAACAGACACUACUUCUGGAAAAAUUUUAACUCAAAGAACACAAACAUCACAUACAGCAACUACAGCAAAAACGGACUCAACGUCUGAAAAAAUCUCAACUCACAAGACACAAACAUCACAUACACCAACUACAGCAAAAACAGACACUACUUCUAAGAAAAUUUUAACUCACAAGACCCAAGCAUCACAUACACCAACUACAGCAAAACCACAGAUAACAAAGACGUCUACAAUUUCGGCAAUUCCAAAACCAACUCCAACUCCCAAAUCAUCUUUUGAUCUUUUGUGUCGUCUGCUUAUGUCGUUUGAAUGCAAUAAGCACCUGAAUGUUGUUUGCACAACAAAUGGCAAUUACAGAAACACGUGUGAAUACCAGAAAGCGAAAUGCGUACAGCCCAACAACAUACAUCGCAUUCACGAUGGUUUCUGCAACACAGGCGAAGGUUACCCUAGCAACCCGUCACCACAUGAAAUCGCCUGCCGUGCAGUUCUAAAAGUCACGUGUCCCAGUCGCGGACCUGCCGUGUGCGACCACCAGGGGCAGACGUACACGAACUUCUGCGAACUGGAAAAAACUAAAUGUCUCAUUCAUGGAAUCGAGAUAGCUGCCUGCCCCAAAUCAUCCAGCUGAUUGUGGAAAUUCGAAAGAAAAAAAAUAUAUUAGAUACGACAGCGCAUCGUCGUCUUUAUACAACUAUUUAAUUUCCACAUAUUGAUGCUUUAACAAACAUCACAGUAACAAAGCUAUGGUCACGUUGUUGUCUCUAAGGGUUGGUCUAGAAUUUAUCACAUGGGGGUGCGGUAGGGGGGCACUAUAAUUAUUAUUUUCUACGAGGUGGGUCUGUUGACAUUUUAUUCUUUAGAAAUUGAUGAAAAGAAAUAAGAAAACACAUAAAUAGUAACAGAAAACAUUGACUGCAAAUAAAAGCUUCAUUCACAGAA